AUGGCGGAUCUGAUUCAAUUCGCAGCGAAAAACGCUGUUGUCACAUGUCCUCUCGGCCCCCGCAUCCGCACCUUCGUCGGCUGCAAAGACUCCUCCAAAGCCAACCAAGACGGGCUCCUCCCCAGCAUCAACGACUCCGCAGACCAACCCAUCGCCCUCUUCGGCGCCAAAACAAUCAACCCCCACAAACUCGUAGCCCUCCUCGGCGCCCACACUACCUCGCAGCAAUUCUUCGUCGACCCUAAGCGCGCCUCCUCGCCACAAGACGGCACUCCGGCUACUUGGGAUACACUAUUCUAUAACCAGACGCUCGGCCUAGGCCCGCUGCCCAAAGCUGUCAUGCGCUUCCCCAGCGAUGUUGUCCUUGCGCAGGAUUCGAGGACCAAGGUCGAGUGGGAGAAGUUUAGCAGGGGCGCUCAGGGACAGGAACAUUGGAAUAAGGACUAUUCUUAUAGCUAUAUCCGGUUCUCGUUGCUGGGUGUUAACAAUAUCAAUACUUUGACGGAGUGUACCAAGGUUUUGCCCAUGCAGAAUAAGUCGUUCAGGGGCGCGGGGGAUUUUGUUGAUCACGGAGUAGGAGGUGGGAUGCGUGGUGGAUGGGAUUGGGUUUGUAUAGCUUGCCCUAGCGGAAUGUUAUUUGAUGGCUGGUAG